UGUAAAUUAUUAGCAAUAAUUAUAUUUUAUAGUUCUUAUGCAGUAUUGGUGUGUAUUUAAUUACUAAAACAUCUAAAUCUUAAAUUAAGAUGGAUCCAGUGCAUUUUUGGAGGAAUGUUGGAUUUCAAAUUAUUUCAAUAUUUGUUAUUAUGGUAUUUGGAGUGAUAGGUUAGAUUUCCUAUUUUUCCAGUAUUUCACUUACAGUUUUGUAUUUAAUUUUAGUUUCUUUGGUCUACUAUUAAGAAAGAGAUAAAAUACUAAAAAGUAGAAAAGAUAACAUGGGAGAAAGAGUUUAGACUGUUAAUGAAGCUAAAUAUGAUUUAGAAAUUGCAUAGAAAUUUGAUGAUAUGAAACUAGUAUAUUUUUGGGAUAAAAAGUCAGAAAUGGAAUAAGCAGCAAAACCAGUAAAAUGGUCAACUCCUUUGAUAAGAUUAAAUUAUGUUUCAGGAGAUACAAGAGUUAAAAUGUUAGCUAAAAAAUUUAGAUCAGCAGUAUAAUUAACAAUGGCAAACAUGGAAACUUAAAAAUAGAAAUGGGAAAGAUUAUCAUUUCAUGAAAAAGUCAGGGCUAUUAUUAUAUAUCCUUUAUAGAUGAUAUUGAAAUUUACUCUACCAAAACCUUAAGAAGAUCAAUUUGAUAAAAAUUAAGCUAUAAGUAAUUCUAAUAUUAAUUAUAUUAGUUUUCCCAAUACCUGGAUCUGCUUUCUUUGUUUCUGUAGUAUUUAGUUUUCCUCCAUGGUGGGUAUAUUUUUUAGCUUUAAUGUUUGGAUUUGGUAUAUCUAUUUUUAUUAAUACAACCACUCCUUCUUAAAGAACUCCUCCAUAAUACUUUUUCUAUAUACAAUUAUAUUGUAUUUUAGGUUCUUUAGUAUGGAUAUUCUUUUUAUCUGGAUUACUAAUAGACUUCUUAUAAUUUUGGGCCAUCAUUACAGAAUUAAAUAAGACAUUCUUGGGAUUUAGUUUAAUUGCGAUGGGAAAUGUACUACCUGAUUGUAUUACUUUAAUUUCUUUAGCAGAAGAAGGUUAUGGUAAUAAAUAACCAUAUUUAUAGCAAUCAUGGCUCUUAAUGGAAUUUAUUGUAAUUCAUUUUACUAAUACUCUAGUUGGACAAAUGUUUACUAAUUUAAUUGGCUUUAGCGUUGCAUUUCUUAAAUAAAAUUUUGUCAACUCUGGCCCUAUUAAGUUCAAUCUAUUCAGUAUUAUAGAUAUUGAAUAAAAUGCAUUUAAAUUAAUGGUCAUUUUAGCUGCUUUCCUUAAUCUCUUAUUCACAUUAAUUAUGGUUAUACGUAAUCAUUAUAUAAUUAGCAAAUUCAUUGCUAAAUUACUAAGUAUAUUUUAUAGCAUUUUUUUUAUCUUAUCAUCUUCAUCUGCAUUUUAUCAUGCAUGGGUAAAAAAAUGA